AUGUCCCUCGGAACCCUCUACACAUACCCCAAAGCCCCACGCUCAAGCAUGGUCGUCUUCGCCGCAAAAUACCUCAAGCUAGACAUCAAGAUCGAAAACGCCUUCCCGAUAAAAGUGUAUCCCGAGAAAGGCGGCGUCGGCGAGACGUACCUGUCCAAGUUCCACACGGGCAAGGUGCCGGCCUUCGAAACGGCCGAUGGAUUCUGUAUCUAUGAGAGUAAUGCCGUUGCUUGGUUCUUGUCGCAUCAGGACCCGAAGAGUACAUUGCACGGCUCUAACCUCCGCGAAGAAACGCUCGUGCUGCGGUGGGCGAGUUUCACGAACUACGAGCUCCUCCCCCCGAUCAUGGCGUGGAUCCAACCUAUUAUCGGGAAAGCGCCGUCGUCUCCUGAGAUCCUGGCGAAGCUCGAGGAGGGGUGUGAGCUUACUGUCCGCGCGAUCGAGAGCGAGAUUAAGGGCAAGGAGUUUCUUGUUGGCGGGACACUGACGCUGGCGGAUUUGUUUGUUGUUAGUGGGUUGGCGAGGGGGUAUCAGUAUGUGUUUACGAAGGCGUGGGCGGAGAAGCACCCCGUUGUGCAUGAGUACUACAUGCGCAUCCGGAACGACAAGGAUGGGAUCUUUGAUGGUAUUCUGGGACCGAAUGUGAUUCGGGAUGAGGCGGGGGGGACGUAUCCGGAUUAUGAUGGGUUGUAG